GAACGCGGCCGUGCCCAGCAGAGUUUACUCGAACGGCGACCCGCGUGCGAUUCUAUAGCCCGAAAUAUUAUUACACCGAGCAGAGAUCCUCAGCACUCCGGACCUUCGACAUCUACCGUGGUUUACUUGUCUGCGCGAGUGUUGCGCGUGAACGUUACCGGAAGAUACGAAACGUUACGAUAUUAUGUCGGCCAAGACGAUGUUCUACGCGUUUGCCGUCGUAGCAUUGGCCGCGGUCUGGUCGGCCGCGGCUCUGCCACUGGUCGUCGACGAUGUCACGUCGCCGGCCAUUGUGAAGUCAAACGUCGACGAGGCCACGUCGGAGAAGGUGGUUCAGAAGCAGGAGUCCGAACAGCAGCAGACGGAAGGCACGGAUGCGUCGGUUCUGCAAACGGACGUGACCGCAUCGUCCCCGGACGUGCAGCAAUCCAGUCAAACGGAAGAAGUGACUGCGGGAUCGGCAGUUCCAGUGGUUGGAACCGACCCAGCCUCACCGGAAGUCUCAAACUCAAAGGCCGAAUCCGACGUUCCUACCACCGCUACCGAUGUUGAACGAACGGACAGCGUCGCCGGAACCAACUCGCCCACCCCGUACCCUUCCAGCUCCGAUGCCAAACCCGACCCGUCUGUCCCCGUCCACGGCCAAACGCCCAAACCGUACUUCACGGGUAGCGUGCAGACCGUGAAACUAGGACCUAACAUGCCGUUCUUCUUGGAAUUUUUCCAGCCUUUCCAGUCUUUCCAGCCUUUCCAGCCAUUCCAGCAUGUCAUUCCCAACUAUGAGCAACAACCGUUUAAAAACCAACCGAUACCGUUCGGCGCCCCCAUCGACCCAUUCGCCAACCCCAUGAACGCCCAACCUUUCAACAAGAUGGUUGAAGCGUACACCAACGAUUUCAGAACGCCCGGAGUCAUAAUAUUAAAACCGAAAAGAAACGUCCGAGUUAAUACAACCGCAAUGCCACCCAUUCCGUUGUUAAUGAACAUCAUGCUUAACGCUUUUCGGCAUCACGAGCCGUCAGGCAUGUUGGAAUCUUUCGACAAAAUGGGCCUGCCACCAUUGGAAAGUGUGGGCAUCAAACAAGAAGGCUCGAACAAGCCCGUGAGGAAGACUACAUCCAAGACCGAGAUCAUUGACGGGCACAGAGUCCAAAUAAACGAAACGACGGUCAGCGACGGAGACGAAAACCACAAGAGUUUCUACCAUUUCAAAGAGAUCUCAGUGCUGCCCGAAGGGUUCAACAAAGAAAUCUUAACCGAAGGGAUCAAUAAAGAAGUCUCAACCGAAAAACAGAUAUCGAUAACUGACGACGAUUUGGAGACACAAAAAGUGGAGACAAACGAAAUCAAGCCGUACGUUAUCAUGAAGAAUCAAGACAACCGGGCGAACUUUGUUAAAAAGACACCGGCCGGACCCGUCCCGCUGGACGAUCAAUUCCAGACUGCCGCGGCCAGCUACUACGCGCCUUACGCUCCGAUGUUCCGGUCGCAUCAACAGCCACCAACCGGUCGUUUGCAGCAGAAGCAGUACCACGGAUCGUACAUGACGCCGAACCAGGGAUUUUACCCGGCACCGAACCAGGGAUUUUACCCGGCACCGAACCACCAAGGCCAUUACCCUGCACCGGUCCAAGGUUAUUACCCGGUGGCACCUAACCAAGGUUAUUACCCGGCACCGAACCGAGUACCGCAUCCAGCCCAGAACCACGGAUCGCGUCCGCAUCAACAGCCAAUCAGCUUGGAAGGCGACACUCUGGUCAACGAGUUGGUCGCGGCACAACAGCAAGCGACCGGCGGCACGGUGUUGCCGCCCAACGUGGAGUUUGUGGACGUGAACGGCAAACCGCAACCCAGCGGCGAGUAUCAUCAAUACUACAACAGCCAACACCACCACAACAACAACAACAACAACAACAACAACAACAACAACAUCAACGACAGCGGGAAUCGCGGUCAUGACAAGUUUCCCGGCCGUAAGUACUGACGGCGCGGUCCAAUCUAACCGCGGUCGGUGCGCGUUGAGACUUAAUGAUUUAGGAUAUACAAUUAUAAUUUAUAAUAUCGAAUUAAUACGUAGGUACUAAUAGUAUGUGUGUAGUAAACUCUGCAACAGGUAAAUACCGAGACCGCAGUAUCGAACCGUUUUAUCGUUAACACGUCCAAUAUUAUUAUACUCGGUACCUAUGUCAUAGGAAUAACAUUUUAUUAUAUGUCCGCGUCAAGUCUAGGUAUUCCGUAUUAUGAGAAGUCUUUGUCAUUAUCCGGUCAUUCAAAUAUCUAUUUAUCAAGAAUAUUGUUUUUGAUUUGUUUGUAUAUACAUAUUCUUUAUUUUAAGUACUUAUAUUAUAAUAUUACUAGGUAUGUUUUUUUUACGUGUCCACCCUCUGCAGAGGCCGUCGACUGUCGUUGAGGUCGCUCCUCUCCCUCUCACUCUUAUAUUUUGUAAUAUCUGUGUACCGGCGGUUUAUUAUUCCAACGUAUAAUUAAUAAAUAAUCUCAUCGCCCUCGCAAUACACACAUUUAAUUCAUGAAUAUAUUAUUUUCACGAAUAAACUGAAAUUUGCUCCACGUGGAAACGAAAAUAUACCUAUAAACUAUUAUAUUAAAACAAUUAUUAUUUUAACCAAUGUUUGUCUCACUCUACACGCUGACAGGUUUUUCAAAAAUUAUGAUUUUCCUAUGUUCAAUCGUGAUUGAUCCAAUGUUUGUCGUUGAUUUUGAUUCGUAUUAGUUAUUAGUUAUUAGUUAUUACUUAUUAACUUAUUGUUAUGUGAUUAUUUAAUAACCGCAGUAUGCCUAAUAUGUAUAUUAUGUUUCUACAAUAAAUCGUAAUGAUACCAAAGUUAAAAUAUGAUAUUUUAUUUUGUAUUAUUUUUAUUUGUCUUUAUUUGUUUACAAUUUUUAUAUUAAGGCUUGAUA